AUGACAUUGCGGAGACAGCCACGGAAAACAAGUAAAAAAAAAUUACGAGGAUGGUUAAGGCUGCGAAGGGUACCAAUCUGUACAGUUCCAGAUCAGGAAAAAAUGGCUCAUUUGUUUAUUAAAGAACAGCUGACUACCUAUGUUCCUGGGUUAAUUAAUUUUGGAGGGCGAAAGCUGAGUAAGAAAUUAGAAAAAGAUCUAUUUGUACGAAAGCACGGUCCUUCUUGUGGACGUAAUAUAUUGAAUAACAAGACACAUACUGGUUAUAGUACUUAUAAUAAUCAUCUCAAAUAUAUUUUACGAAAAAAGGAUUGGAUAGAUUAUUUCUGCUCAGCGUUAGUUAUUGAUGAGCAAGAUGUUGAUAGUGAAGAUGAUCGCACAAGAAUAUCUGAUGAAAGAAAUAAUGUCAUGGUGGCUUCUCUAAAAGACUGUGUUAUCCAAAAGUUUGACAUUGGUAGUCGGCGCAAAGCAACAAAGAGCCAUCGGGAAAAUUAUACCGAAGAAUAUCAAACAUGGUACAUGAGCAACUCCAGAUCUUCCUUUUGCAUGAAAGCGGUUGCAGAGAAAAAAAUGGUUCCGGCCAAUCGGUCAAAUGUGUCUACAAAUGACGCUAAAAUGCGAGAAUUUGUCGUAAGUGAAAAUGAUUUCCCGGCAGAGAUUUGGAAGCACGCUCGAAGAAUCCGCGGAAUUGUUCCGGAUAUUUACAUAUGUGAUUUACCAAUUAAUUUAGAUUUGUGCGGAAUUUCUCCUUCAUUACCUGAUUAUUUACAGCACUUCAAUGGAGUUGCCUUAUUUCAACCCAGUAAUGACAAAAAUUUGUUGAAGAUAACUCUAAAUCCUGGUUUGGUUGCCGAGAGGGAAGAAAAAUCUUCUAUUUUGCCUAGAUCUAAGAACACUGCUGUUGCAAUUGCAACUGAGCCUUGCCAAGUUUAUGAUUUUGAUGCUGCAGAAAUGGUUGCAUUAUCUAGCGUGUACCAUAGGAAUAGAGCAGAGGUACUCGUGUUUCUUCAUUGCUGUAUUUUUUACUACCAUUUCCGACCACUUUUUCAUGAAUUACUCGCACAGUUAGUGUAUUCUAUCAUAUAAAG